GCGGGCUAAGAGAUGCAGGCAGAAGCGUCGGGGUUCCGCGGAGGGAUCGUGCGGGCGCCGCCGCGGGUACCGCUCGGCCGCGGGGAUUGGCUGCGGUGCUCGCGUGUCACCCGGGGUUGCUAGGCUCCGGGCCGCCCCGCCCCCGCCUUCCCCCGACAGAUAUUUCAACUUGUUGAAAAUGGAUUCUUAAAUUUCUGGAGAAAGUGGACUCAUAAUGCAGGAUACUCAUGAUUUUGGGCCAAAGCAAAUUUUCAGUUUUUGAAGAUCUGUUGGGAUGGAACAGGUGUGCCAAAGCUGAGAUAAAAGAAUCCACUCCACAUUUUUGGCCAGUGUCCUACAAUUUUUGGCUUUAAUAUAAUUGGAAAUUGUAAUGAGUAUGACUGUUGGAUUUGUACUACUGUCCCCUCUUUGGGGGAGGACCUUUUUUAUUCUUCUACUAAUGAUUGCUUCAGCUCAGUCUCACUGGCCCAGUGAACCCUCUGAAGUUGUAAGGGACUGGGAAAACCAGUUAGAAGCAUCAAUGCAUUCAGUGCUUUCUGAUCUUCGAGAGACUAUCCCAGCUGUUGUGGGCAUUCCAGAUGGUAUAGCUGUAGUAGGUCGCUCAUUUCGAGUUGCCAUUCCAACAGAUUUAAUCGCUUCCAAUGGAGAAAUAAUUAAGAUGUCAGAAGCUGGGAAAGAAGUUUUGCCCUCUUGGCUACACUGGGAUCCAGAGAGCCGUCUGCUCGAAGGUCUUCCUCUUAAUACAGACAAAGGUGUACAUUACAUUUCUGUCAAUGCCAUGCAGCUGGCAGCCAAUGGAAGUUAUGUGUCCCAAGCAAUGAAUGUUUUCUCUAUUGAAGUGUAUCCUGAAGAUCACAGUGAGCCACAGUCAGUAAGAGUUGCAUCACAAGAUGCUAAUGAAGCUGCUCCAUUUGUAUGUGGGGCUGAUGAACCAGUAACUAUCCUGACUGUAAUUUUGGAUGCCGAUCUCACAAAAAUGACACCAAAGCAGAGGGUCGAGCUCUUAAAUAGAAUGAAACGUUUCUCGGAAGUAGAACUGCAUAAUAUGAAAUUGGUUCCAGUUGUAAAUAACAGACUAUUUGACAUGUCAGCCUUCAUGGCAGGCCCAGGAAAUGCAAAAAAAGUAGUAGAAAAUGGAGCCUUACUUUCAUGGAAGUUAGGUUGUUCUUUGAACCAAAACAGUGUCCCUAACAUUAGUAGUGUUGAAACUCCAGCUAAAGAAGGUACAAUGUCUGCUCAGCUUGGCUAUCCUGUUGUAGGCUGGCAUAUUGCUAAUAAGAAACCCCAUUUUCCAAAACGGAUAAGGAGACAGAUUAAUGCAACACCCACACCAGUCACUGCCAUUGGACCUCCUACAACAGCUCUCCAAGAACCACCAUCUAGGAUUGUUCCUACACCCACCUCCCCAGCCAUUGCACCUCCUACAGAAACUGCAGCUCCUCCAGUACGAGAUCCUGUUCCUGGAAAACCAGCAGUUACUAUUCGAACGAGAGGUGCCAUUGUUCAGACCCCAACUCUGGGGCCAAUACAGCCUACCAGAGUAUCCGAUAUAGGCACUACAGUCCCUGGCCAGAUUCGGCCAACAACAGUUCCAGGCUACAUAGAACCCACUGCUGUUAUUACCCCUCCUACCACCACCACUAAGAAACCAAGAAUAACUACUUUGAAACCAGCCACGCCUUCAACCACAGACUCCUCAACAGCUACAACCCGAAGGCCUACCAAAAAACCACGAACUUCGAGGCCAGUACCCAGGGUCACAACCAAAGCACCUCUCACCAGAUUGGAAACCGCUUCUCCAUCAACUCGAAUCCGAACCACAACAAGUGGCACAACCCGAGGGGGUGAGCCCAACAAGCCUCCUACACUCAAAAACCACAUUGACAGGGUGGAUGCCUGGGUGGGCACUUACUUUGAAGUAAAAAUCCCAUUAGAUACUUUUUAUGAUGAGGAGGACACAACUACUGAUAAGCUGAAGCUAACUCUGAAGCUUAGGGAGCAGCAGAUGGUAGGGGAGAAGUCUUGGGUCCAAUUUAAUAGCAAUAGUCAGCUGAUGUAUGGUCUUCCUGACAACAGUCACCUGGGCAAGCAUGAGUACUUCAUGCAUGCAACAGAUAAAGGCGGCCUCUCAGCUGUGGAUGCCUUUGAAAUCCAUGUACACAAGCGUCCACAGGGAGAUAGGUCUCCGGCCAAAUUUAAGGCAAAAUUCACAGGUGAUCCUGCUUCAGUGGUUAAUGACAUUCAUAAAAAAAUCACAUUGGUAAAGAAACUGGCUCUUGCCUUUGGGGACCGAAAUAGCAGUACUAUCACCUUACAGAACAUCACAAAGGGCUCUAUUGUGGUGGAGUGGACAAAUAAUACUCUGCCUCUGGAUCCCUGCCCCAAGGAACAGAUCCGAGGGUUGAGCAAAAGAAUCUCAGAUGAUGAUGGAAAACCGCGCCCCAUUUUCUCUAAUACCUUGGAGCCUGAUUUUAAGGCUGUGAGCAUUUCUGUAACAGGAUCAGGCAGCUGUAGACACAUUCAGUUUAUUCCUGUUACAGCAGACAGAAAGAUGCCUUCAGAAGCUCCCCCUACAGUUGUGACUGAGAAAGACCCUGAAAAGAGCAGUGAGGAUGAUGUCUACCUACACACAGUCAUUCCUGCUGUGGUGGUGGCUGCUAUCCUUCUCAUUGCUGGUAUCAUUGCUAUGAUCUGUUAUCGAAAGAAAAGGAAAGGAAAGCUCACAAUUGAAGACCAAGCAACUUUCAUCAAAAAAGGCGUGCCAAUCAUCUUUGCUGAUGAACUGGAUGACUCUAAGCCACCCCCUUCCUCCAGCAUGCCUCUCAUCCUACAAGAGGAAAAGGCUCCUCUCCCUCCUCCGGAAUAUCCAAAUCAGAACAUGCCAGAGACCACUCCAUUGAACCAGGAUACCAUUGGAGAAUAUACUCCCUUAAGGGAUGAAGACCCUAAUGCACCUCCCUAUCAGCCCCCCCCACCCUUCACAGCCCCCAUGGAGGGAAAAGGCUCACGCCCGAAGAACAUGACCCCUUACAGGUCUCCACCUCCAUAUGUUCCUCCUUAACAGCAAGUCUUGGGCUUUGAGGGAAGGGGCCUGGAGAUCCAUACCAGUGUUGUUGAUAGGGAUUGAUGGCCCACAGUUCAUUGCCAACCAGAAAUCAACACUUGACCCCAAACACACACCCAUAUACAGGGCCUGAAAAAAAAAAACCCUCCCUCUCUGGUUCUUUUAUACCACCCCAAAGUGGCCUGGUGAACUUUGGGGGAGUUUUUUUCUUUUUUUCUUUCUUUUUUUUUUGCCUAACAGCUUUUGUUUGUUCAUAGAGAAUUCUUCGCUGAGUAUUUCUGAUGGCCAGCUUCUGAAAGCACCAAUGGGCACAGAGCGCAGAAAGAAUGGAUGGAUGGACUUGCAGAUGGCACUGGGCUGGACAUUCCAUCCCUGGUGUACUCUGUUUGCCUUUAACACUAACUGUACUGUUUUGUUUUUUUUUUUCUAUUCACGUGUGUCUAGCUGCAGGAUGUAACAUGGAAAAAGUAGCCUAAAGAUUAAAAUCAAAGGACUUUCAGAAGUUAAUGUUACAUUUUUACAUUUAAUCUGCUGUUUACCUAAACUUGUAUGUAUAGUUUUGGGGUGGGGUUGUGGGGUGGGGGGAGGGGGCCCUGCUUUGCUAAAAAUAAGCUCCCAGGGUGUUUCAAAACUAGUUAGAGAAGACCAAGGGACAGUAUUUUUUAUCAAAGGAAUCCUAUUUUUUCACACAAUGUAAACUUUGUUCCUCGGUUAAGCCAGAGACUGAUUUGGGGCAUUUUUGUGGAUUGUAGGAAGAACUCUGGGUACUUCAUGUGAGUAAGCUCACAGACCUGCUGACCUGGCCCUCCCUGACUCUCCCCUGGUAUUGGUGCUGGAUGGUCAGAGAUUAUUUUAUGGGGCCAGACAAUCCUCCCUGUGUGCUCUAGGCAAGCUUUAAGGGGCAUUAGUUGUUGGAUGGAAAUGUAACGAUGAGAGGCAAGCAGAGGCACACUGCUCCUGGUGACCCUGGUGCUUCUAGUGGACCUGGUGGUGAAAAUGGGCCACCAGUAAGGAAAGCAAAUCCUAGAAAUGAUUAGGUAGGGUUUUAGACUGCAUUGACUUUUUUCUCUUUCUUUCUCUCUCUCUCUCUCUCUCUCUCUCUCUCUCUCUCUCUCUCUCUCUCUCUCUCUCUCUCUCUCUCUCUCUCUCUCUCUCUCUCUCUGUUUUAAGGAAAACAUGGUUUUUGAAACACUCAGUGGGGGAUGUUUUGGUGAAGAUGCAAUAUUUUUAUGUAGUGUGAUGCUAUUUCCUUACUCUCAAAUUCUUGGCAGUUGUGUUCUGACAGCAUCUCAUUCCUUUGUUCUGGCCCUCCCAUCCCCAGGUUUCUGGACUCCAACAUGCUGAAAGCUGUCUGGUGAUUGGGAAGGAAAGUGCCAGCAAUAUAGUUAAUAGUAAAAAUCGGUGGACUCUCAAAUCUAAUUUUUUUACUAAAUUUUUGAUACAGUCUCAAAUUGUUUUAUUAUAAAAAAAGAUUAAAAAUGGUAAUGCUUACAGCAGUUUGUAUGAGCUUAGCUUCUUAGGGUUGAUUCCAUGGGACUGAUUGCUUUUCACAUUCUGACUUUUUUCUGUCAUUGUUUUGAUUCUAGAACCAUGUCUGGAUUUCUUGCCUUUUUAGAAUGAAUUUAACUUGUCUCUGUCCUGUGACUUGAGGCACUCUGGAGGUGCCCUGCUCCACCUAUUUUUUUCUCUCUUUGGACUAAAUUGUUUAAGCAUGACCUUCUUGGCCAUUUGAAAGCUAUUUUUGGUACAUAUUAGGGAGGAAAAUCCUUUGCAAUAAUGUUUCCCUUCCUUGAUGGGGGGUGCGCAGACUCCAGCUCACUUUGCACACCCAUCAGACACUUUUAAGCCAUAUUGACUGUUUUGCAAAGUAUAUUUGUGGGCUUCCCCUGAAGGAUGGCUGGGCAGGUCAUUGGCCUUCACCUCUUCAUUUGCCUAGGGGACAUUUUCUACUGUGCUUUUCCAAAACAGAUUUUUCUGACUAGAAGCCAGUGUUGUUACAUCUACAUGUUUGAACUGAGCAGUUCCUAAUUCUGUGUUUAUAUGCCUCUCACCAACUUUACCCAGUGGGAGCUGUGAGGUUGUUUCCUUGAUUCCCUCACAGAAAAAAAAGGGACUCUCAUGGGAUCUGGCCCUUCUUCCAGAGGCAUUUGGGAGGCAAGAAAGGAGUCUCAUGAAGGGAGCUCAGUAGACCAGGACACAUUCUGACCAGCAUUGGGUCAUAGCUUGAGUGAGCUCUAUGGACUGGGAAUGUUCCCAGUACAUGAGUCAGGUAUACACAUUUAGGGGCCAGAUUUGGCCCAGUUACCCUUUUUUGAUUCUAAUAUACUUUAUGUGGUCCCCUGCAAAAAUAAAUAACAUUUCAAAAAGCCCCAGAGCAAGUUGUUUGAGUGAAAGGCCUUCCAAAUAGCCCCGUUGCCCCAGCAACUCCACCAUUCCAUCCCAGCCAUGCGCAGAUGGGGCAGGCCUGGCUCUACCUGUCACCAUAGAAACUGGAGGCAAAGGGGCAGUGAACAGAAUAAUAAUAAUAAUGCUGUUUCAGCCAACCUCCUUCCCAUUUGCACCAGGGCUGCCUCUGUUAGCCAUCAGGCACUGUAAUGUGGAGAGCAGAUCUUAUUAAAAAGUGUUCACCAACAACUGAUGUGUGUUUUAUUUCCUUACAUAUGGUUUUAAGAAGAUGUGUUUUCUGCAUUCUGUAUAGAAACAUAUCAGACUAAAUAAAACAGUGUACUUUACUAUAA